AGUUACUUGCAAUCAUUUAUCUUCGUCAAAUCAAUGAACAGGUCAUUUUCUUUUUGUUAAAGUUACAAGAAUGCAAGGGAUCGUACACUUGGGUUUCAUAGGCCUACUACGAAUCUGAAGCUUUCACAACCAAAGGAUCACUGGUUAUUGGCUAAGUCUGGAAUAUGGAAUGGGUAUUUUGGGGUUUUGCAGCUGUUUGUGCAGGUUUAAUUUUGUUUUUGGUGAAGAUUGUAACAAGGAUGUGGUGGAAGCCUUUGCAAGUGAAAAAGUUCUUUGAAGCCCAAGGAAUCAGUGGCCCUCCAUACAGGCUAUUCUAUGGGAAUACCACAGAUAUAUCCAGAAUGAUCGAUGAGCAGAAGUCCAAACCCAUGCCACUCUCACAUGACAUGCUCCCUCGAGUUUUUCCCCAUUUACAUCAGUGGAGCAGAAUUUAUGGUUACGAUUAUGUUUUCUGGUUUGGACCGAAUGCUAGGUUGGUCGUUCCCCAUCCUGAGCUUAUUAAGGACAUAUGUUCCACUAAAUUUGACAACUAUUCAAAGCUUCCGACAAAUCCCCUUUCAAGACAACUGGUUGGACAGGGACUUGUGGGGUUGACAGGUGAGAAAUGGGCUCGGCACAGAAAAAUCAUCAAUCCUGCUUUCCACAUGGAUCUUUUGAAGGGUAUGAUUCCAACAAUUAUUGAAAGCAGUGCCAAUCUGUUGGAGGGAUGGAGUAAAUUGGUGUUGUCAGGUGCAUCGGAAAUUGAAGUGCUGAAGGAGUUCCGUGAGCUCACAGCAGAUAUUAUAGCCCGCACAGCAUUUGGUAGCAGUUUUAUAGAGGGAAAGGAUAUAUUUGAUAUGCAGGCUAAACAGAUGGUUCUUACAUCUGAAUUAUUUCACACUGUUUAUAUUCCAGGUUUCAGGUGUUGGAAUUUGGAGAUAAAUAUAAGAAGAUGCUUAAAACAAGUUAUAGAUGCGAAGAAAAAGACUGCUGGAAUGGAGAAAACAGGUAGCUAUGGUGCCGAUCUGCUUGGUUUUAUGAUGUCUGAGAGCAAGCAGCAGGGGAGAGUCAAUGGAAAAAGUAAUGCAAGCCUGAGCACGGAGGAAAUAAUUGAUGAAUGUAAGACUUUCUACUUUGGUGGUCAUGAAACCACAUCAGUACUGUUGGCAUGGAGUAUAAUAUUGUUGGGCACCUAUUUCGGUCUGUUCAUACGCUUCGAGAACUAUCGAUCAGCACGAGAGCACUACAGGGGCGAUAGCCAUGCUUCACCAACGGAUGGGAAGUGCACCACCGCUCGGAUAUGGAGCAUUGGACAGACAGAUGAGGUCCUCGCCCUAGGGUUGGGCAUACAUCAAGAUUGGCAAGAGCGAGGUCGCAGAGAGGUGUUGGAAGUAUGUGGGAGAAACAAUUAUCCAGAUGCAGACAGCUUAAGUCGUCUUAAAAUUGUGGGAAUGAUCAUAAAUGAGGUCAUGAGACUUUAUCCACCUGCAGUGGGUGUAUUGAGACAGGCUUGUGUGCCAACGAAAGUUGGAAGGAUCUCAAUUCCUGCAGGCACCCAACUUGAGCUUCCGAUCAUUGCAAUUCACCAUGAUACUGCUCUGUGGGGAAAUGAUGCCAAAGAUUUCAACCCAGGGCGAUUUAGUGAAGGAAUUGCAAAGGCUGCAAAGCAUCCAAUGGCAUUCAUGCCCUUUGGAACAGGGCCAACUAAAUGUGUGGGUCAGAAUUUUGCCUUGUUGGAAGCAAAAUUAGUGCUGGCCAUGAUUCUGCAAAAUUUUUCUUUUGUGACUUCACCAUCUUAUACUCAUGCUCCUUUGCUUGUAUUUACUCUACGACCUCAAUACGGACCUCAGAUUAUCUUCCACGUGGACUAAUAUCUGAGAAUAAUACUACCCUUAAACUCCUCUGUGAUUGAAAUUUGAACUGUCUUUGUAAAUCUAAUGUACAUAAUAUUAAUCUAUGAUUUUAUUGGGCAAAUUUACUAUGACCACGCCUGUGACCACAUGGUGAGGAGGAAGCAAGGAAUAGGACCCUUGGAAAAGUGUAGAGACCAUUACCCUAGUGGUUAUGAAGCUCUUGCAGAUAAAAUGACUGCCAAUGCAACUUUGCAAACUUGAACUUAGAUCUACAUAAGUAAAUUAGAGCAAAUCAGAUGAUGUAUGAGAUUGUGAUCUCCCUCUUACUCUCGUCACUAAGCAAUAUUAUUUAUGUUUACUCUUGA